AGCUAGUGCGCAAACAUGAACGGAUGGGAAGGGGGCCUGAGAUCCGCCCGAAAUCGCAGGGUCGGGGAGGCGACGGGCGAGGCGUCUACUUCCGGGCCUCGGGGCCGCUCGGCGGCCUCCUUUUGUGCGGGUCUCGCGUCACAGGCCCGCCGCCCGGCCGCCCCUCGCCGCCUCCGCUCCCUCCGCCCGCGGCUCCUCCCCGCCGAGGCCGACUCGCCGCGGCCGCAUCCACGAGUGCUGCCCGGUCCUGCUCGGGCGCCGGGCCUCGGCGAGAGCACUCUAGACCCGUGCGGCUUGCCCUCUGACACGGCAGACCCGGCAAACGCGGGAUCUGCGGCGCCGAGCGCGGCGGCUGCGGAGGAGGUAAUGGCGGCCGCCGGCGCGCAGGGUGGAGACGACGGCAGCGCGGAGGGGCCGAUGGUGGCGGCGCCCCAGCCGCCCGCCGAGAACGCGGCGAAGUCUAGAAAUGCCUUUCUCGAGAGCCUGCCCAGCUCGGUGAAAUGCCGAGUCCUUGCCCUCAAAAAGCUUCAGAAGCGAUGCGAUAAGAUAGAAGCCAAAUUUGAUAAGGAAUUCCAGGCUCUGGAAAAGAAGUAUAAUGACAUCUACAAGCCCUUACUUGCCAAGAUCCAUGAGCUCACCGGCGAAAUGGAGGGAUGUGCAUGGACCUUAGAGGCCGAGGAGGAGGAGGAAGACGAGGACGAGGAGGUGGAGGAAGAAAAGGAGGAGGAGUCGGACGAUGAGGACCCUCACUCUGACGUGUCAGAUGACGCGGAUAAAUAAGAGGUGGCAGAAAUUGAAGAGAAAGAAGACCAAGGAGAAAAAAAAGAAACCCCAAACAAACAAUUGUGAACGUUGGUGGACUUUAAAAAGGCUCAGGUUUUUGACUAAAAUACAGUGUGAACCUAUUCUUAUGUCCCUAAAAUAUAUUAAAUGAAGCAAUCAGGUCCUGGCCAGCCCACAAGUUUAAGAUUUGAUUUUCAUUUUGAACACAAUAAAUAUAUUAAAAGCGUUUGAAGAA